UGGUAACGGAUGCACGUGCUGACCCAAAACGUUCGCUUGUAGAUGCCUCCUGAGCGCAAACUCAGGUCUGGUCUGGGACAGCACGGCAAUGCAAUCCACAAUUAUUAUCACGUAAAUGUAUGCGCCAACACGUUCUUCCUCGGAUGUACUAUUGAAGCAGUCUCACUCAAAUCUACUAUCCAUCAGCGCGAGUCAGCGCAUCCUUUUCGAUUCAAUACUGCUCGUACCUGGAAACAUGUUCAGAUAAAUAUUUCCCAACAGAACCUCUCUCGGCCGAACCAGCCUGUUUUGCGGUCUUGGUGGGACCCUUCCAAGCCCUUGUCGCCGCGCCUGGUAAUGCAGUUACGGUUUCCAAACGUGCAAGCCACCCGCUUGGCCCCCACUUAUCCUCAAACGGGCCAACAUAUGCCGUGAGGGCAUUCCGAUAUACCCUACGAGGCAAACGAAAGAAAGGCCAAAAAAACAAUUAAUAAUUCCUGUCCUUGAACUUGGCGAACUUCGUUUAGGAGUAGGUGCAACAAUUGCGGCGGCUUGGGUACCCACACUAGUGAGUCUCAUUGGGUGGUUAGGCUCAACUUGGAGGGAUACCCUCAGGCCACUUUUUUUCUUUGCGUGUUUGAGAUGCGGGUUUGGCAGGAGGUGAGGAUGGAGAUUCGUGUGUGGGAACGAGAGGUUGCGCGGUUGAUUCAGGCGGAUGUGGACGAAAAGAAACGGGUGAAGAGGGGGAAGGAAAGUGGAGGUUGGUGUAUGUACAUAUAUCAGGCAGAUAUUCUUGUGAGCCUCGUUUUUGUUGUCUCUUUGUUGCCAGUCUUCUUCACAUAUUUUUCUCUUCACAUCACUCUUUUCUUUCUUUUUUGACCUGCGCUAGUCGUAGAAACGGUCGUUAUAUAAUACCUUACUUUUUUAC